AUAUAAAAAUAAAGAAGAGGAAGAGGAUGAGAAAAAGCUUCCUCAAAUCCUUCUCUUCUCCUCCCUCCCUUCUUUAUCCCUCCCAUGGAUAGAGACAGAGGAGAGAGAGAGAGAGAGAAAACCUCAUUCUUCUUUUUUUUAUUUUAUAAUAUACUUCAACAAUUAAAAAUAUAGAGGAAAAAGGAAAUUAAAAGAGAUAGAGAUGGAUCCACAUAUAUUGAUGUCGUUUGUUAUCACCAUAUUCGUGGCAACGAUGAUGGUGACGGCCGGCUUCGACGUGCCACUACUGGCGUUCGAGGAAGGCUACUCGCCGCUGUUCGGUGAAGGCAAUCUCAUCCGCUCUGUUGACGGUCGUAACGUCCAUCUCAUCCUCAACCACAACUCCGGGGCAGGAUUUAUAUCGACGGAGAUGUACCACCAUGGGCUCUUUAGCGCCUCCAUCAAAUUACCGUCAGACUAUACGGCCGGCAUCGUCGUCGCCUUUUAUACAUCGAAUGGUGAUGUGUUUGAGAAGAACCAUGAUGAACUCGACUUUGAGUUCUUGGGCAACAUCCGGGGCAAGGAAUGGAGGGUGCAGACCAAUGUGUAUGGCAAUGGCAGUGUCAGCCGUGGUCGCGAGGAGCGCUACAAUCUUCCCUUCGAUCCGACCAAGGAGUUUCACCGCUACUCCAUCAUCUGGACCACUGAAAAUAUCAUCUUCUACAUCGACGACACGCCGAUCCGGGAGGUCCGCCGGACCGAGGCCAUGGGAGGUGACUAUCCAUCAAAGCCCAUGUCCCUCUACGCCACCAUCUGGGAUGCAUCGAAUUGGGCCACCUCCGGUGGCCGCUACAAGGUCGACUACAGCUACGCUCCCUUCGUUUCCGAGUUCACCGACCUCGCCCUCCUUGGCUGCCGCCUCGACCCCCUCCAGCAGAUCCCUUCUGCCAUGAAGAACUGCAGUGCGGACGAUGCCGAGCUCAUGGCCACCGGCCUGGCUGCCAUGACUCCUGAGAAACGACAGGCGAUGCUCGCCUUCCGCCAGCGCUAUAUGACCUACUCCUUCUGCUAUGACACAAAGCGGUACCCGGUCACGUUCCCCGACUGUGAUUUGGUGGAGUCGGAGAGGAGCAGGUUUCGGGAUACUGGGCACCUGAGGCCUGGUGGCAACAAUCGUGCCACAGCUGCGAGACGAGUGAAACCUGCGAAGUCUCGCCGAAUUAGAGUUUCAGGGACUUACCCUAAGAAGCAGGCAGAUAUGUGAGGAUGACAGGUUGAUGCCUUGAUGGUUAUGGAUGAUGGUAAUUAAUGGGGUUGGCUAGCUCUUAAAGUUGAGGUAUUGUGUGGGAUGGUCAUGGCUAUUCCUGGGUCUUUCCUAGCUUUACCUUAUCCUUUUCUCAUGUAAUAUAACACCAAAGUGAAAAGUUAUCUAUAUAUAUAUAGGUAGAAAAUUUGUGCUAUCAUUCUUUUCAUCAGGCUAUAAGAUCCUCAAUAGACUAAAUUAAUUGCA